CACCCGCUCUGCGGCUGUAAACUUAUUAUCGAUCUGGGCUCCGAGACGAACGCAACGCAACUCUCAGACCAUCAGCACCGAUCAUGAAGUGCACUCUUUUGUCCACAUUGCUGGCGACCUUGGCAGCCACGAGUCUGGCUGCCCCUUUCCAGCUGAACGACAUCUUUCCCGGCUUUGUGGCCAUCUCGCAGCCGCAGGAGAAGCAGGAGGUCGUCAAGCGGAAUGUGGUAGCGAAUCCUGAUGCCGAACUCAAGCAAAUCUCGUUCCAUGGUUUGAUUGGGGAUCUGGAGGACAGUCUGUUCCAGUCCGCCCUGAGCGUGCAAUCGGCCAGUGCCCCCGACAGCGAGGUGGAGGAGGUGAAUCCCGGCCAGGAGGAGGCUGGUGACGAAUUGGAACAUGCUCUGACCAAGCGCUCGGACGAGUCCACUCCGGCAUCGGACCCUGCCUCGACCGCCGAUGGUCUGGCCCGCAAGAUUCUGCUGCAGAAUACCCGCAAGGUGCCCGCAACUGAGAAUGGUGUGCCCGCACACCUGAUCAUCGAUCAUGUCUCCGUGCAGCCACAAAAUGGCGGCGUUCUGCCCCUGAUUCCCACCUUCCAGGUGCACCACACCAAGCUGAUCUCGGCCACCAUCCAAGAGGACUCGAACAACGAUAGCAACGAUGGCAAACAGACUAAGAUCAGCAUCACCAAGACAACGAUCUCAUCGACAGCGCCCCUCGAGAGCCUGGAGGAGGCCGUCGCCAGCUCCAGUUCCAGCUCUAGCGCAGCUCCCACUCCAACCACUGAGGGAACCACAGCAGCUGACACCCCAAAGACCACAGAGGAGGAGAAGAGCAGCAGCAGCACCACCCUCACAGAGUCUUCAUCCACCACUUCUGCUGCCACCACAGAAGAGCCCAUCCAAAAGCUGAAGAAGGACGAGGAGAAGCUCAAGGAGAAGGUGGCCGAGGUGGAGGCCGAUCCCGUAAUCCUAUCGUCUCGCGUCUAGGACAUUCCUGAUCCCGUGGAUCCAUCUAGUUGUAGUCCAUCUCCAGCAUCCCCCUCUCAUACUCACAGCUCGCACAUAUACAUAUGUAUUUAUGACACCCGACUCGAAGUUCAAUUAAAGUCAUGUGAUUUGAUUUGAUCCG